AUGUCAGAAACAAGACGGUUGGAGCGAUUGGAGAAAUCCGUGGAGAAAUUACGGAUUGAUUUUCAGAAAUUGCUCGAACAAAGUCAAGGACGACGUCAACGCCAUCACAAAAGCCGAAGGGACCGCCGCCCGUCACCGCCACUGCCGAUGCCGCUGCCGAGCCUAUUCCCGGAGGAAGAGGAAGAGGACGACGAUGACUUUUUCGAAGAUCCACUGCCGCCGCCAAUGCCAAGCCUACCGCAAAAGGAAGAGGAAGAUGACGACAAUGAUUUUUUCGAAGAACCCCAAUUUUUUGUGAGUUCGCCGAAAGAUGAAUUAUCGGAUUCACUUGAGGUAAUUUGGGACGAAGAAGAGGAAUUAACUAAGGAAGAGAACGAAGAACUACAGUGGAUAUUGGGAGAUUUCCAUAGUGUGCAAAAGAAAGGAGACGAACAAGAUUUGGAGAUGAAAUUUGAAAAGGCAAUUGAGAAGGUCGAUUUGUCGGGAAAGAGAUUGAGAAAUUUAAUUCGGGCAGAUAGACAUCAAACUCAGCAACCUCAGCACUGUGGCUAUCCGGGUUUCGAUCUAAACUGCGACCACAAAAACAAUGCUGUUCUUGUGCUUCCGUUCUCCGUAAAUGUUGUUGUGAAGGAAAUCAACUAUGCAUCUCAAACAAUUCUUGUUUAUGACCCAGAAAAUUGCCUUCCACAAAAGCUACCCCAUCUAAACUUAUCUACCUCAUCCUUCAACUUCCUUCUUGAUAAGUACUUAAUAUCAGACUCUGCCAUUUUUAAAUGUUCUGAUGCAGACAAAUCUUUGUAUCGCUUCAUUCCUUGCCUUAUUGAUCCCAUCAACAAAUACUAUUUUGUUUCUAACACAAAUUUAUAUCUAUUCGCUUCUUGUACAAAGAUUCAUGAUAUUUCAGCUGGUAUUCCAUGGAGUAUAUCCGAUAAAAAGGGCUUCCGUUUGGGGUGGUCUGAGCCAACAUGUGGCCACUGUGAAGCUCAAGGCAAACGAUGCAGCUUAUAUAAUUCAACCAGACUUGAUAGUAUUCACUGUAUCGAAAAACAACCAACCAUAAUUCAUCAUGAAGCACUGAAGAAGCGACUGAUUGCAGGUUUUGGUUGCUUUCUUGCCGUGAUAAUCCUCGUCGCUCUCGUCCAUCAAUACAUCAGAUUUAGAACUGGCAGAGAUAAUCCAAUCAAGAUUGAAAAGUUUUUGCAAGAUUAUCGAGCCCUUAAGCCGAGUAGAUUCUCUUAUUCUGAUAUAACAAGGAUUACUCAUCAAUUUCGCGAUAAAUUAGGUGAAGGGUGCUAUGGAGUUGUUUACAAAGGAAAGUUGAACAAUGAAAUAGAUGUUGCAGUUAAAGUACUAAACAAUUCCAAAGGAAACGGAGAGGAGUUUGUGAAUGAAGUAAGCACGAUUGGGAGGAUACACCACGUCAACAUUGUCCGUCUUGUUGGCUUUUGUGCUGAUGGAUUUCGAAGAGCUCUUGUUUAUGAAUUUCUACCUAAUGAUUCCCUCGAAAAAAUCAUUUUCCAAGCUGGUUCUAAGAAAAUAUCUCUUGAUUGGGAAAAGCUAAAGGAUAUUGCGCUAGGCAUAGCCAGAGGCAUAGAAUAUCUACACGAGGGAUGUGAUCAACAAAUACUCCAUUUCGACAUAAAACCGCAAAACGUAUUGUUGGACCACAACUUCAAUCCGAAGAUCUGUGAUUUUGGUCUUGCGAAAUUGUGCUCAAAGGAACAAAGUGCAGUGACAAUGACUGCGGCUAGAGGAACAAUGGGCUAUAUUGCACCUGAAGUACUGUCCAGGACUUUCGGGAGGGUUUCGUAUAAGUCCGAUGUUUAUAGCUUCGGAAUGUUGUUGCUUGAAAUGGUGGGAGGGAGGAAAAACGAGGAUCGUAAUGUAAAUAAUAAUAGUCCGGUAUAUUUUCCGCAGUGGAUUUACAAUCAUAUAAAUGCGGAGGAUAAUCCAAUGUGGGCACAAAUUGAUGAAGAAGGAAAUAGUAUAGCAAGGAAACUUAGUAUAGUAGGGUUGUGGUGUAUACAGUGGAGUCCGACAGAUCGUCCAUCAAUGAAAGUUGUGGUUCAAAUGUUGGAAGGAGACAAUGGCGAUCUCACAAUGCCUCCAAAUCCAUUUCCAGCUACUUCGAAUUCCGUUGGUGCCAGGCACUAUCAAACUGAGAUGGCUAUCAUAUUAGAAGAGUAAAGGCUAUAUAUAUAUAUAUAUAUAUAU